AUGGACGGGAGAGAAGCAAUGUCAUUUCCUUCUCACUACUAUCUUCCAAGAGGAGCCUUCACGAAUCUCUCACCUUCCCAGGUCGCGAGUGGACUCCACGCGCCGCCGCCGGGAAUGAGGCCGAUGUCUAACCCCAACGUUCAUCACCCUCAGGCUAACAAUCCGGGGCCUCAUUUCUCCAUGGCCGACCACAGACACUCUGAUUUCGGACACGGCAUUCACAUGGGGAUGGCUUCUUCUGCGGCGGUGCAGCCGCCUCCUCUGCCGCAGCAGCCACCUCCGAUGGAGCAGCCGUUGGUUAAGAAGAAACGUGGAAGGCCGAGGAAGUAUGCUCCUGAUGGACAAGUCUCUUUAAGGCUUUCUCCUGUGGCUUGUUCUUCUGCUGGUAGUAAUAAAGCUAAGGACUCUUCUGCAGUGACUGAUCCUAAUGCUCCUAAGCGAGCCAGAGGUCGUCCUCCUGGAACUGGAAGGAAGCAACGUUUAGCUAAUCUUGGUGAGUGGAUGAACACUUCAGCUGGAUUUGCCUUUGCACCUCAUGUCAUCAGUGUUGGAGCAGGAGAAGAUAUUGUUUCAAAAGUAAUGUCAUUUUCACAGCAAAGACCACGAGCUCUUUGUAUAAUGUCAGGCACUGGAACAGUUUCUUCAGUCACUCUACGUCAACCCGCUACAACAGAGCCUUCUUUGACAUAUGAGGGACGUUUUGAGAUACUAAGUUUAGGGGGAUCUUAUUUGGUGAAUGAAGAAGGUGGAUCCAAAAGUCGAACCGGCGGUUUGAGUGUGUCCCUUUCUGGUCCUGAAGGUCAUGUUAUUGGCGGUGGGAUUGGAAUGCUUAUCGCAGCCAGCCUCGUUCAGGUGGUGGCUUGUAGUUUUGUAUAUGGUGGAGUCCCAAAGUCUAAUAAUAACAAUAACAAGACCAUCAAACAAGAAGGUGAACCAAAGGAAGAGCACAACGAUAGUGAAAUGGAGACAACACCGACUAAUCCAGAAGCAGCAGCAGAACAGGUGGCUCAGCAGACGCCACAGAACUUCUCAGGUCAGGGAAUGAGUGGAUGGCCCGGUUCAGGGGAAGGUUCAGUCUCAGGCUCAGGCAGAUCACUUGACUCUAGCAGAAACCUACUCACUGAUAUUGACUUGACUCGCGGAUGAUUCAGAACAUUAAUCUUUAUUCCUAUUUACUACACUACCUUCUUAGUUAUUGAAGCAGCAGCAGCAUGCAGAAUGUGAGUGCUGUAAAUAUCUUUGUUGUUGUAGAUUAUUUAUCAGGGAAUGUUAAACUAGAAAUCUCAGAGAACUGUGUUCCUUCUAACAUUGUUAUUGUAGCAAAACCCCUCCCUUGAGGUUAUUUAAGGAUAUUUUUAACUAUCUA